CUGGGAUGGGGUUCUGCUGCAAGUCCUUCUGACUUUUCAACCUGAAAGUUCCAACCCUGUGAACACUCUUCUGCUUGACUUGACUCUGCUUUUUGUAAUUUCAGUGGCUUCUCCGCGUCAAGUGGGGAAUUUAAUUAAAGAGUAAAGACCAAGAAGGGGUCUCAUCUUCAGUGUUCUGGCAGUUGACCCUAGGCUUUUUAACACCUCCGGGGCACUUGGCUUCGUUAUUCUAGCUGGGAGUUUUCUCGCCAAAGUUGCCCGGAAAAAGGUUGUAUAAUCACGUUUCCAUCUUAAUCAGCUGCUUCAGUAUUCACACAUUCUCUAGCAGCGCUGAUGGCAUCCUCGCCGAUGGCAUCCAUUUUCUUGGUUAUGGUCUUCUUAUCCUCCAUCUUUAUAGCCACCGAAGCUUAUAGGGCUAGUUCCAGAACUGUACAGUGCAGCCAUGGAGGUCCUGGAAUUCAAUUCCCUUUCUGGUUGGAAUUCCGGCAAUCCCGCGACUGCAACUCUCCCGGGUUUGAUCUGCUUUGUAGAGGGAACGCGACCGUGAUUCGGUUCCCGUCUUACGGGGACUUGGUGGUGAAAUCCAUUCUUUACAACACUAGGAAGCUCAACCUCAUUGACCCUAAAAGUUGUGUCCCUGAAGUCUUCCUCAAUCUCAACCUCUCCCUCACACCCUUCCAUUACUGGUAUGCGGUUAGGAACUACACUUACUUCAACUGCUCGGCACCUCUUUCAAAUGCUUUCAAGGAGAUUCCAUGCUUGAGUGGCGUCGGGUUUCACGUUUAUACCGUCGAAUCUUAUCUUCCCGUGCCGGGUUCUUGCAAAAAGAUUAAAACGGUUGCAAUCCCGUUCUCUUAUAGUCCGUAUAUAUCUGAUAACUCGUUUGGUCUCGGGUUGACAUGGGACCUGCCUGGUCGUGAAAGCUUCGCCACAAAAGGUCAUCGCCACAUCUUAUCUAUUGACAGAGGAAAUGGCAAAGUUCUAAGCAUCGGAAUCGUUAUUGUCGCACUUGUUGCCCGGGCAAGUGUUAAAAUUUAUCGGUCUAGAGAGCUGCAGAAGCUGAAAAAGGAGCAGGAACUUGAAGCCCAAAAGUUAUUAGCAGAUUCUUAAAGCUCAAAAAUCUGAAGCAACGGCUGAUUGCUGGUAUUUGAGACUUGAGUCGUGUAAAAAUAAAUUGGUGAUGAAGAGCCGUCUCAAAACCAUCAACCGGAGAUUCAGAACUCAGUUGUUCUGUUAGUGUUAGAAAAACUGUACUCGUCGAAUCUUUUUCGAUUAUAGUAACUCUGCUUUCCAUCAGAAUAGACCACACUACGACCCAUCUUUUUCUCU